GGCUUAGCAAACAGUAAACACAACCACCACCACCAUCACCACUAGCGGCGGCGACAGGCAGGACUGGUACCUGGCACCUGGCACCCCACCCGCUCAUGGGAUUUAUGCAAUGUCAGGGUCCUGAAUGGGGCGGUGGUAUUGACUGUACCCCCGCCGAGCGUCAUUUCGUGGAAGAAAUAACAUCCGCAUUACCCUAGUGGGCGGUACAUGACCUUCGUUUGGUAUAGUUGGUGGAUUUUUUUUUUUUCAACCAUCACAAGGUGUUCUAAACAUUAAUCAAGAAUGCCUCCAUAUAAGGAAGUUCCAAGUUUGCAGUCCUCUACCUUAAAGGUGGUUGCAUACCUUCUCCGGAGAUUAUGUUGUGACUGUGAUCUUACCACAGAAGACAUACAGCCUGUUAUUGAUCACCUGCAGAUUCAUCUUCCUCCUCAGAUUCAAGCCUUUGUAUGCCGCACACUUCUCCAGGACACUAAUAAGAGUGAUGUUAAGUCCAUGAAUCCUGCUGGUUCCUGUUUACAUUUUCAGGAAUCCUACUACUUUUUACUUCACAUACUAGUCCAGCCUCAAGUAGCUCUUCCAAAUUGUAUUUCCUGAACUACUCAAUCAGAAGUAUUUGAUGGUAUGCACACAACUGCAUGCAGAGUACAUUUGGAUCAAUGACAGCCAGAAUGUUGUGUCUCUGCUGGCUGAGCAAGAUGGUAGCAGUGUGCGGACCCUUAAGAUGAUUGGCUCCCAUAGCAAACUAGAUUUUGACAUGGAAACCAACAUGUAUGAAUUUCAGCAACAAGUUCAGCUUGGAGGUCUGUACCAGUUUUUGAGAACACUUAGUAAUUUAACAACAUUGAAAUGCUCUCAGAUGUGUAACAAUUUUAUGCUGGAAAUUAUUUCCAAAUCUUGUCCUCACUUAAAGGAUAUAAGUAUUGAAAUGUGCACUGAGGUUGAUGAUAGGGGAGUUUUUUACCUUGCUGGCCACUUGCCAACCUCUGAUACAUACUCUAGAAUAAGAAGAGGAGCAAAGAUACCUUCCAAGUCUGUUUGUACUAAGCUAAAGAGAGUUAAUUUUGAUUAUACCAUGGCUUGUACUGCAAGUGCUGUUAUGCUGCUGCAUUUGUGUCCUCUUAUUGAAGAACUGAAUGUCACCCCUGAUGUGAAAAUAGAAGAUGUGUUUACAACAUUACAUGGCAGUGAUCCAGAAAGAUACUCUGAAGUUACAACCAGAUACUCCCUCAAGGUAAUACGCACUUACAUGGAACUUGAUGAAAAUGAAUUGGCCCUGAUUGUGAGAACUUGUCCCAACUUGGAGGAUGUUACUUUGAGAUGCAAUGGUGUGGAGAGAAAGGACAGAAAUUUGCUUGCCAAUCUUUUGAGUCUGAGAAUUGUGACUCUAAAUGUGAUGAACUGCAAUACGCUUGCCUUGUUAUGGUACCUCAACCAAAAAGGUAAUCAUCUCUUGAAUCUAGCAAUUCAGCAUCUCACAAUAGCACCUGUGAAUUUAACAUUUACUAGGACUCAUCUACAAAAUGUAAUUCGUACAUGCCCUAGGCUGCAAAAAUUUACUCUGAAACUUACCAAUAGUCCCAUGCAGCCUGAUUUGCCCUACUCCUCAUUUGGUUCUCAAAUGUUAUAUUUCCAGUCUUUGUCACAUCUGAUGCUUGAAGGUGCAGCAAUAACUCAUGAGGACCUUUCUGUAUUAGUAAGUAAAUGCAAACAUCUAACUGAGCUUCACAUAUUGAUACAUAAUUUAGAUAUGUUGGAUGAUCAGGUAUUGUACAAUCUUCUGGAUUCUGGUGGCCUGCAAAACUUGCAAACCCUCUUUCUGUACCGACCAAUGUUGACACUGGCUGGGCUUAAGAAGUUGUUAGAGAAAUGUGUACAUCUACACACCUUGGGACCUCUUUCUUCCUGGGCCAUAGAGAAGAGAGAUCGUGAAGCGCUCAUGAGAGAGAUCAGGCUAAAGAAUUGGGAUUUGAACAUAGAGAGUCCAGAAAUGAUGCAUUUAAUUAUACUAUGAAUGUGAUACAUAUAUAUGUACACACACACACACACACACACACACACACACACACACACACACACACACACACACACACACACACACACACACACACACACACACACACACACACACACACACACACACACACACACACACACACACAUAUAUAUAUAUAUAUAUAUAUAUAUAUAUAUAUAUAUAUAUAUAUAUAUAUAUAUAUAUAUAUAUAUAUAUAUAUAUAUAUAUAUUUCCAGUGGCAACCCAAAAUUUGCUAAAACAGGUUCCAGAAACCCAGAUUUGCAAAUGACAAAUUUUAGUUUUUAAUUUCCUGUAAAGAAAUAUGAAUCACAUCUUCAAGGCAAAAAAAAUUAUCUACAAUUCUUCAUAAGAUAUACUUUUGAGUCAUGCUAAUCACAAAACUAAUGAUUGUACAUACAAUAUAUGUAUACAUAGAAUAUAUAAAAAUGUAUCCAGCAUAACAUGGACUCGCAUAUGCACAAAUCUAAUCACAACUUGUGCUAUUUUUGUCAUCUUUAUUGUAUUGGAACCUUGAUUUAUCAAACAUUAGUCUGAAUUAUUGGAAUGCAAGUGUUUUCAUUAAUUUUCAGUUGUGGUUCAUCUAAAUGCAGGUUGGCCUCAAAGGGAUCUUGCUGAGUAUACAAGAUCAUUGUACACAACAGGAACCUAACUGUACUCAGUAUGACACCUGUUAUAUGUAUGAAUUGAGCAUAUAAACUAAACAAUUCACAGUCUUGUGAAUGUAUGUAUAUACAUGGAAUCCUUUUGGAUGUAACUUUGAGUAUAGUGUGAGCAUUUGGGUGCUUGGAUGAGCUACCCUAUUUUGUGGGGUAUACCAGUCUGUUAUAUUUAUUAUAUAUGCUAACAGUAGUAACCAUCCAAGGUGAAUUUCCAAAUUAUUUCAAGAUUUUACCAUUAAUUAUGAGCUGGAAAAUUGCUUUAAUAAAAAUAACAUUGCAAAAAAUGUUAUAUUUUAUAAACAUUAUUUAUUUGCAUUAGUUUGCAUGAUAAUAAUUGUUGGAAGAUUGCAGAGUAUUUUUUUUUUUUUUUUUAUGUAGGAGGGACUCUGGCCAGGGGCAACAAGGCUAGCAUUACUUAUCCAAAAUCCCAUCAGUGAGCAAUAUCCUAAUGUAGUAGUUUUUUUAUUAUGAAGAAAUCUUAAAUUCUAAAUAUCUUAAACAUCUAAGUAAAAAAUGUAUCUUUGAACAUUUUGAUAAAACUAUACAAAAAUAUAGGAUUACUACACUUUUGGAUUAUAUUGGCAUGGUAAUGUGAAUAAACACUAUUUUUAAAUUUCUAUUUUGGAAGCUUACAUAUUUUAGAAAUCUGGGAUAAAGGAUGUAAUAGUUUGGCUUUACAGAGGAUAAGGAUUAUGUAUUUUUUUUUUUUUUUUGCAAAUUAUUUUGAAUGUACAAGGAAUAACCUUUUGUAAAUAAGAUUUUCAUACCUUUUUUUUUUCUAAUCUCAACACUGUAAAGGUGUCCAUAUCCAGAGUGGGGUUUUACCCACUCAGACAAUAAAUUUCUUGGUCUUCUGCA